AUCGAAUGGAUUGUUGGAUUCAUAUUGCUUUGCUCUCUGGUGACUGAUAUGACUGAACCUCACUGUAGCCAAAUAAACAUAUCAUUAGAGGCAAAUAGAUUAAACAAGAUACAUUAACCACGUUUGCGUGCGUCAUAACAUGUUGACUUUGCACACUUUGCAGAAAUAAGGCAAAGUACCGACUCGCGUUUUCGCUGGGUGCUGCCUGUGUAAUGAACUCCCGGGGGUGCUAGGUAACUUGGCACCGUAGCCUACUUUGCCGCAGCUACAGUAGUCGACGAAGCUUCCCGGGUACGGCAUUCGUUCAUCAACCGGCUCUGCAGCGGGGGGAAGCGGAGAAAAUCAAGUCCCCUGUCCGGUGGCCACCGCCUGGGACGUUGGGUAGACUGCGCGUCACGGAAGAUAUGACAGAUUCUUCAUCUUCCGCUACAGUCCGCGGCGAAGUGUGAUGUGUGUUCUGCUGUGCUCUGUGGAGUGGGAAUGAGACUCAGAGGGAGGGAUCUAGAAGAUUCUACGGACUCCUGGAUACCGAACAUUUUGGGUGUGCAGAGCGUCAGACUCCGCCUUCGACUGGAUCACCAUGACGACAAGGGGAGGGGCUGCUGGCAAUUGGUGGACAUGAAUAAAGAGGCGGGGCCUAGUGGGAGAAGACUAACAAGUCAGACUCCACCCCUGUGCUCAGAGACUCUGAUGAGUAUUCCAGCAGCGUCAGCACAGUCAGGGGGUGGAGAGAUGCAGUCGCCGGGGGUGAUAAGCCCCUCCUUCCUCCCGCCCCCAGGUACAAAGGUUCCGGGACGGAAAAGAGGCCGUCCACCAAUCAGGAAGCUGGAGUUCCAGAGUCGCUACCCAGAGCCCCUCCCACCUAUUAAAGUGCCCAAGAAGAGGGGUAGAAAACCUGGCUUCAAGCUGAAGUCUCGUAUGGUGAUGACACCCAUCUCUCCGCCCAGCAGCACACCAGAGCCUGACAUGAGCUCCAUCCCCCAGGAUGCUGCUACCAUACCACACUCAGCUACUCCACAGAUACUCACAGUGUGUAUCUAUGUGAAUAAGCACGUGAACACCGGACCCAAUCUGGAUCGGCAGAAGGUUCUGAAGCUGCCGGACCACCUAGGCCCGGCCCGACCCUCGGUGGUGCUACAGCAGGCGGUCCAGGGCUGCAUAGACAGCGCCUACCUGCAGAAGACCGUGUUUACCCUGCUCACACAGGGGUACGGAGGAGAGAAGAUCUCAGCCACCUUUGACGGUAAGCAGCACCUGUUGAGCCUGCCAGUGGUGAACAGCGUUGGCUACGUGCUGCGCUUCCUGAAGAAGCUCUGUCGCAGCCUCCUCUGUGAGAACCUCUUCAGCGACCAGCCCAUCGCCCCUUCCUCCUCUGGCUCUUCGUCGUCCUCCUCCACCUCCUCCUCCUCGUCCCUCUCCUUUCACGCAGAAAAGCUGGGUGACGGACAGCCCAAGGCCACUGACUCUCCCAUGCGCGAGGAUUACCACGGCGACGGCCUCGACUCCAGCAAGAGGUACUCGGUUGACCCCAGCGACUCCGCCUUCGGGGCGAUGACGUCACCGUACCCCCCGAAACCGGCCUACGGCUUCCGCUCCGGGCCCGCCUACUCGGGGGGCGUGUGUCGACAGGCGUCCAGCCCCAGCGGCUUCCAGGAAGGAAACAGAAGUGGUAAGCCCAGCAGGGGGAGCCUCCCGACCGUGAAGGGGUCUUCAUGCCCACAGGGACCCUACAGCCCGGUGCCAGAGCCGUCUGAUGCCAGGCCCCGCCCCAGUAAGGACCCCUCUAGCUGGACGGUGGAGGAGGUGGUGUGGUUCAUCAAGGACGCAGACCCCCACUCCCUGGGCCCGCACGCGGAGGUGUUCAGAAAGCAUGAGAUUGACGGUGAUGCACUGCUGCUACUUAAGAGUGAUAUGAUCAUGAAGUACCUUGGCCUGAAGCUAGGCCCCGCCCUCAAGCUCUGUUACCACAUUGACAAGCUGAAGCAGAGCAAGUUCUGACCAUUCACACACACACACACACACACACACACACGCACACACUCACACAUACACACAAACAUAAACACACUCACUCAUAGACUGUAACUGUCACAUAGAUAAACAGUUUUUAUGUAAAUUGACUCCGCCAGGACUUUUGCAUAUCCAGUAGUUAAGACGUUUUUUUUUUUAUUGUGUUUCUUUGUUCUUUUUAUUUUUUGUAAUUUGUUAUACUUUGACUUGAAUAGUGUGAUUGUUUGUGUCAGUAUAGUCAAGACCCCUUAUAGGCAGCUUUACUAGUGUAGCGAAAUGUGUGUGUGUGUGUGUGUUGUGCGUGUGUGUAUGAGAGCGAGAGAGAGACAAGAGUGAAUGCUGUGCAGUGCGAUUUUAUUUUCCUCUAAUGCUGUACUGCCAACCUGUGGCCACCUCUAGAUACUACAGUCAGACCCUGCACCAUUUGUCCAAAAACCACACCCCCCUCUGUGUGUGAAGUUACAAACACACACACACACACAUUAGCAGACAUAUUCAGAGCUUCGUCCUCUAUAUAGUUGUACUCUGCAGGUAUAUGUGUAAGGCUAUGGCCGGUCAGAGUAGCAUUAAUUAGCUGUAUAUUUUGUUUAUGGCAUGUAUGGGUUCUUGGCUGUGUCAUGAGGCUUAUCGUAUCAAGACAUUUUUGAAGAUAAAAAUGUUGUUCCAUUCAGAGAUGCUACCAAAUAUGUGUACAUUCAUCUGUGUCAUGCAUAUACUGACUGUGUGUGUGUGUGUGUGUGUGUGUGUGUGUGUGUGUGUGUGUGUGUGUGUGUGUGUGUGACUAACGUAUCCAGUUGUCUGUUAGUCAUGUUUCAUGUAUUGAGCACAUUCAGUUUGUAUGAUGGCCAGGAUUUGGCAGUUUUUCGUCUGGAUUCAUUUGUUUGGUUAUUUCAAUGUUUCCUUAACCAAAAGUUUUGAAAAUUGCACGCGCGCACACACACACACAAACACACACACACACACACACACAGCCCUCAUCUAGCUGGGCAGCCUUCAGGACAAUCAUCUCACCAGCCUUUCUCUUCUUGGUUGCCAUGGAGAGGAGAAUAAAAAUCCCCUUAUAUGAAAGUUGUGUGGAUACCUGAAGGAAUGGCUUGUACGUCACACAUCUGGCAACGUGUUUCUGGAUCUGUGAUAUUUUUGAUCCGGUCGUAGGGCAGCACAAAAGGACAGAUUUGACAAACUGAGAUCACUAGAGAAAACAAACAAACAUAACCUUUUUACACACACAAACACUAUUGUAAAUAUUUUUAGAAGCAUAGUGAUGGAUGAAUAAUAUGGUUUACAUUUCCUCCUUUACUGUGUCUGAAGCCUCCUCCGCCUUGUUCAGUGGCUUUGUUAGUGCUUUCUCUCUCAGCUUGUUAAGUUCACCCUGUUAACAGCAUCAGUGUGUGGUUCUGCCCUGCUCCCUUGUCUAAACUGCUAAAACACACACACACACACACACACACACACACACACAAACACAGUCACAGUCUCUUACAAGCUGUUCCCCAAGUCUUGUGUUUCUAUGCCAGUUAGAACCACUUUAUACAAGUCUACAGGUUCGAUUCCACAGUUUUACAAGGGCUUUUAUGUGCUGUUGUUGCCGAAGUCUUUUGCUAGAAAUCCCCCUUGAUCUGGGAAUACUGGAGAACGUGAGACUUGUGAGAAACUUCUUGAAAAUAAUUCCAGAAUCCUUCAGAUAAUGUGGCUGAAUCAGCUCGUUCAGAUUGAUCAAGUCGUGACCUUUGAGUUCAGUUCCUCCUCUACCUUAAAUGUCUUCAUUCACAGCAACCGUUAGAAAAAGGGUGCACAACAUCAUAUCCUAGACCUUGAUCCUAUUGAGCAUUGUAGGAUACUAGCAUUAGAGAUGAUCUGACAAUACAUAUUUUUAUGUUUGUGGUCAGAGGAAAUAUGAUCUUGAAAUCCUUAGUUCCACUCCAUUUAUAGUGUUUGAAUAGGGAUGAGUGGCGUUGGGUAGAGUUGCAAGACCCCUGCUUUGUCUUAUUGUGCCUAGAGUUUUGGCACGUCUAUUAAGUGAUUCUGGCCAACUACCAACGAAAGCUUUGGAAAUAACACCUAGGUCUAUCCACACAUCAGUCAAAUCUAUCAGUGGCCACACAAACACACACACACACACUCACUCACGCAUUUAAUCGCGGUCAGGCUGUACCUACGAUGCUCUCAUAGUUGUGUUGUUUCUGACUCUUUUCCCACAUAGGACUACAAAUCUUUUGCGUUGACGUGAUCUGAUGUUCAUUUGACGUGUUAUUUGACAGUUAAAAACGUGUCAAUUUCAAAGGCAUCUUACACCUGAGAUCUCCGCUAAGUUUCUGAGGGUGUAACUGUAACGAUUUCAUUGCUGUAUGUGCGCUUCUGUGUUUGUUUGCACUUCUACGUCCCGUUUCGUUUUUGUAACAUUACGGAUAUUUGUACAUACAAUAUAUGAAUACUGCUUUUAUAUAUAAAGAGAAAAACGUGUAAUCGCCACAUCUUUUCUGGGAAGCACGACGUUAGUUCGCCAAACUACAACACAGACCAUUCAUGUUGGUGCUACAAUCUGUGUGUUUGAAAGAAUAUGGACAUCCUUGAUCUUUUUUAUAUAUAUACUGUAUGUAUACAUAAAUAUAUAUGAUUGUGUGUGUGUUCUUUUUUUUAUUUGUAAAGUUUUAUUUGGCGUCAGUAUUGUGAAAUGUGUUUUUUGAGGGUUAGAUGCGGACGCGCGUCGGUUUGUGAAGUACGUGUAGAGUAUUAUGCGAAGGUCACAAUAAAGCGUUAAUGAUUCACUUC